AUGACGAUCAACGCCACGAAUGGAAACGGUGUCUCGCACACCAACGGAGUUAACGGAACUAAUGGUCAUAUCAAUGGCCAUGCCAACGGUCAUGCGCAAGAGAAUGGCAUCAAUGGAAACGGCAACAACGGCUAUGCAAACGGUACCUUCCACGAGAAUGGUACCGAUGGUGAAUCACAUGUUAGUGAUUUGAAUGGCACCGACGGCUUGCACGUCGACGGAGUGAGUGAGAAGGCUGUACCAGUGGCAAUCUGCGGCAUAGGCCUGCGACUUCCAGGAGGAUCUUCGACACCCCAGGAGUUCUGGGAAUUCCUCGUGAAUAAGGGAGACGCAAGAGGUCGGGUCCCAACCUCACGUUACAACGUAUCGGCAUACCACGAGACUUCCAAACGGCCGACGACUGUUGCCACCGAGUAUGGCUACUUCCUGGACGAGGAUGUCAAGCUUAGCGAAAUGGAUACAACUAGGUUCUCGAUGAGCCGUGCCGAUGUUGAGAAUGCGGAUCCGCAACAACGGCGCUUGCUGGAAGUUGUCAUGGAGGCGUUUGAGGACGCUGGCGAGGCCAAGUUCAGGGGUAAGAAGAUUGGAUGCUACUUUGGCAACAUGUGCGAAGACUGGGGCGAGAUGAUGACAAGGGAUCCCCUUUCGCAUAGCGCAAACAAGAUAGAUGGUUACCAAGAUUGGAUGCUUGCGAAUCGCAUCAGUUAUGAAUUUGGUUUGACCGGGCCAAGCAUGACCAUUCGCACAGCUUGUUCAUCAGCUCUGAUUGGCGUCAAUGAGGCCUGCUCAGCCAUUCAACGAGGCAUCUGCGAGGCUGCCAUAGUAGCCGGCAGUAACCUGAUCAUGGCGCCCGGAAUGACGCAACAGAUGACAGAGAAGGGCAUCCUAUCCCCCGACGGCUCAUGCAAGUCUUUUUCUAGUGAUGCUAAUGGACUACGCGUAGAGGCGAAGCCUUCGACCGCCAGUUUUAUUGAAGCCUCUCGAUGCUGCUAUUCCGCGACGGUAACCCGAUCCGGAGCUGUGAUAAGAGCAGCUGUAUCAAACUCGGACGGAAAGACGCAAGGUAUCACGCAGCCAAAUGCAGCAGCCCAUGAGAAGAUGAUUCGCCUAGCCUACAAGCAGGCCGGCAUCACGGCAAGCACCCAACUGAAUCUUUACUUCGAAUGCCACGGUACUGGCACAGCAGUCGGAGAUCCCAUUGAAACCGGAGCAGUGGCCAACGUGUUCGGAGACAGCGGUAUUCACAUCACCUCUGUGAAGCCUAAUGUCGGUCACACUGAAGGCGCCUCAGGUUUGGUCUCUCUGAUCAAGGCUGUUAUGUCUCUGGAACAUCGCACUAUCCCUCCAAACAUCAAGUUUAACUCUCCAAACCCGAAGAUUCCGUUCAAGGAGGGGAAACUGACUGUUCCCGUGGAGCCAACACCGUUCCCGGCGGAUCGCUGUGAGCGAGUGAGUGUCAACAGCUUUGGACUGGGCGGCUCAAACGCGCAUGUCAUUGUCGACUCAGCAAGGAGUUUCAAUCUUCCCCAGCCAGCGGUGCGAGACAGCGAACGGGAGGAUGAUCCCCAACUGCUCCUUUUUUCGGCGGCUUCUGCGCCUUCAUUAAAGUCUACGAUCAAUGUGUACGAGGAAUGGAUGUUGAAGAACCCAGACAUGGCCGACAAGCUCAACGACCUGAGCUACACGCUGGCCAACAGGCGCGAGCACCUCCCUCAUCGCUCUUUCAAGGUUGUGGGUGCCAACGACCCUCCGGCAUCUCAGGGAAGGAAGAUUCCUGGUCAGCCUGUCAGCCUGGUUAUGGUGUUUACAGGCCAAGGAGCGCAAUGGCCCCGUAUGGGUCGCGAGCUGCUCCUACGUGACGAUCUCGUCUUCCAGAAGUCCAUCAGAGAAAUGGACAAGCAUCUCGCGGCUCUUUCUCAACCUCCACAAUGGACAAUCGAGGGUGAGUUACAGAAGUCGGCCAAGACAUCGCGCGUUCAGCUGGCAGAGCUCUCACAGCCUUUGUGUACAGCCGUUCAGGUCGCCAUGGUAGACCUCUUGGCAAGCAUUGGUAUUGAACCUGCAGCAGUUGUUGGCCAUAGCAGUGGCGAACUCGCUGGCGCCUAUGCUGCUGGCGCUCUCACCGCGAAAGAGGCUAUCAUCGGAGCCUACCACCGUGGACAAGCCGCCAAGCUCCAGAAUAGGAAGGGUGCCAUGGCCGCUGUUGGCCUCGGCUGGGACGAGGUCGAGCCGUUCCUGAACCGACCGCGCGUUGUCAUUGCAUGCGAGAAUUCUCUGAGUAGCGUCACGCUUUCGGGUGAUGCGGAGGAGGUGCAAGCCACGCUCACGCGUAUCAAGGAGGCGCAUCCAGAUAUCACGGCCCGACUACUCAAGGUUGAAAAGGCAUACCACUCAUACCACAUGCAGGAAAUUGGAUCCGACUACCACGCGAUGAUCGAACCGCAUCUGGUGGGUAGGCAGGCAUCCAAACCCUUCUUCUCUAGUGUGACAGGAACUGGACAGCCGGAGCAGCGCAAGCUCGACGCCAAGUACUGGCAGCAGAAUCUCGAAUCGCCUGUGCUCUUCAGUCCCGCAGUGGCCGGCAUACUGGAGCAUUUCAAGAACCCAGCCUUCAUUGAAAUUGGUCCGCACGGAGCCCUCGCGGGACCGGCGCGUCAAAUAUUCGCCAAGGCGUCCGCCUCUCCACCAUAUCUAUCAGCUAUGGUACGAAACGAGGAUUGUGUGCAGUCGUAUCUUACCGCCGUUGGUAAGCUCUUUGAGCUAAACGUCCCGCUCGACUACGCAGCUGUAGCUCCCCCUGGGCAGACACUCCCAGAUCUUCCACGUUAUCCCUGGCACUACGACGGCGAGUUUUGGGUAGAAUCUCGCAUGUCAGCCGAAUGGAGGAAUCCCAAAUUCCCCAGGCAUCCUCUCCUUGGACGUCGACAGUUGGAGAGCACCAGUCUCGAGCCCAGUUGGAGGAAUCUCAUCAACAUUGAGGACGCUCCGUGGCUUCGAGAUCAUCAGAUCCAGGGCGCUAUAAUUUUCCCUGCCGCAGGUUACUUUGCGAUAGCAGGCGAGGCGAUACGACAGCUGAGCGGGGUGGAAAACUCUUACAGCCUCCGCCACUUGGUGCUCAACCAGGCGCUGAUGAUGCAGGAAGGUGUUGAUACUGAGUUGGUCACGAACCUACGUCCUGUUCGCCUGACCGACUCCGAGGAUAGCCAGUGGUGGGAAUUCUCUAUCGCAUCCUACAAUGGUAGCUCGUGGUCGAAGCAUUGUGUCGGUCAGGUAUCAGCUACUCCAUCUAUCGAGCCAAGCCAGGCUGAUACAGUCGAGGCGCUUCCUCGGAAAUUGGACAACUUCAAGGUCUUCAAUACCCUGGCAAAGUCUGGAAUGCAGUAUGGUCCAGCCUUCCAGCGUCUGGGUAACAUCAGUGCAGGUACCACGGAUACCAGAGCUGUGAGCAGCAUCACCAAUAACCUAAAUGGCGACGAGAAUAAAUACCACCUGCACCCCGCCAUCAUUGACGCGGCUCUUCAGAUGGGCCUUGUAGCUGCCAGAUCCGGUAAGCUCGAUGCGAGCAACUGUGCGGCGAUGCCUACCUUGAUUGAGGAGGUGACCAUCUUCAGAAGCGACCCAGAGGCAGAAAUGUUCGUUGCAGCAUCAACAGAUAUUCCAGUUGCCAGCGGUGAGAUUCAAGGCUCUUUCCAAGUCGUCUCAAACGGGAAGGCGAUAUUGAACAUGCCCAAGGCCGCCUUCACGUCCAUCGAACAAGGCGAUCAGGACAUCGUACACAAACUCCCCAUCACUGCGCGUAACAUCUGGCAGCCCCAUGUUGACUUUGUCAAGGCGGCAUCGCUCAUAGAACCCGAAUUUGAUGGCAAGAAGUGGACGCCACUACUGAACGAGCUGGGUGAGCUCUGCUUCAUCUUCUUCCAGAGGUGCAUCGAAAGCGUGAAACUGCCAGAAAAUCCCACAAUCCAGCGGUUCGCAGCCUGGAUUGGUCGUCAGUACCUAGCUCUCGAUGAAAACCACCCUGGACAUGCCCUUGAAACGCUACAGAUUGUGGAUAGAGCCCAUGCAAUUGGAGAGCUUAUGGCCGGCUCCCCCCUUAGCGCUUGUGCUGAAUGUAUCCUUGAGGUUGGCGGGAACAUUACCGAGCUGUUUACCGGCGAAAAGACCAUCCUCGAGGUUCUCUCACAAGAUGAUCUUCUUACAAGGCUUUUCGCUACCGCCAACGUCACCAAAAAGACGGCUUUCCUCCGAAGCUUGGCGCACGCCAGGCCUAGUCUUCGUAUUCUGGAGAUUGGUGGCAGCACGGGACAGUCGACCUCCUCACUGAUAAGAGACCUGAGUCUUUCUCAUGGCGCCUCCCUCUACCAAAGUUACACCUUCACUGAUCCAUCGCCGACAGCCGUUGCGGACGCAAAGAAGCAGCUUCAGGGCGCGGACCGCAUAGAAUUCCGCGUGCUAGACAUUGCCACGGACCCGACAGAGCAGGGAUUCAACGAAGACGACAAGUUCGACUUGGUCGUCGCGACGAACUAUGUUCAUGCCACCCCAAGUCUGUGUGGUUCCCUAGCCAAUAUCCGUAAGCUGCUGGCUCCCGGUGGGCGACUUCUCCUGCAGGAGAUCAGCAUGGAGACCAAGUGGGUCAACUGCAUCCUGGGCUUCCUUGAUGAUUGGUGGGUCGGUGUGAACGACGGGCGGCCCGAUGAGCCCUACGUUACUCCGGAGCGCUGGGAGGACGAGCUGAAGCGCGCUGGCUUCGCUGCACCAGACGUAGUGCUCGACUCCCCUGCGCCGUAUCAUUCAAGCGUCGUGUUCAUCGCGAGACCCGAAGAAGACAUCAAGGGAGCCGUCAAGAAGAAUGUGACUGUGGUGUCCUAUUCUCAAGACGGGAAGAACGUCGAUGCCGUGAGCCAGAAGCUUGAAAGCCGAGGCUACACCGUCAGCAAGUGUUCCUUCGGUGAUGAUUUGCCGCGAGAGUCUCAGGAUGUCAUCAGUCUGCUGGAUGAAGACAGUCCCUUCUUUGAAGAUAUUGAUGAGAAACGCUUCCAGACUUUGCAAAGGCUCAUUGCCAGCAUUGGCGAGAGAGGCCUGUUUUGGAUUACCCGUCCGUCUCAGAUGCAGUCCUACGACCCGCGAUACGCGACAGUCAUCGGCGCGAUCCGCUCUAUUAGUGUUGAAGACACUAUUGACUUUGGCACCUGCGAGGUUCAAGACGUGAGCAAAUCACUCGACGAAGUCGUUGAUGCCUUCACCCACUUCCAAAAUGGACAAGAAGACGACUUCUUUAGGCCCAACUAUGAGUAUGCGAUCGUUAACGGCACCAUCAAUGUACCUCGCUAUUACCCCUUCACCUUUGAUGACGAUCGCGUCACCAGCCGUGCCGCACAGGAGCAUGUGUCUCUAGUAGCCGAAAAACCAGGACGCCUGGGAUCUCUGGCUUGGGUAUCGCGUCGAUCUGAGCCUCUUAUUGGAGACCAGGUCGAUAUCGAGGUCUUCCACGCUGUAGUCAGCUCCAAAGAUGUCGCCGGGAUCAUGGGCAAUAGCUCUUACCCUGCUGGAGGUCUCGGUAUCAGUGCCAGUGGCAGGAUAUCCGCCCUCGGACCUGAAGUCAAGGGCUUUGCGGUGGGCGACCGUGUCAUUGGUCUCGGCUCUGGCAGUCUCUCUUCGCACCUUCGCACAUCAGAGACGCUGGCCGAAAAGAUCCCUGACAAUACGCCAUUUGAAGAGGCAGCCACUUUGCCUUUUGCCUUCGGAACAGCUCUUGCAGCCCUACAAAGUGCUGGGAACCUGCAGACUGGCCAGUCCAUUCUGAUCCAUAAUGCCACUGGAGAUGUCGGCCUCGCCGCCUUGCAGCUUGCGAAGAGGUCCGGGGCGAAGGUCUACGCGACUGUCAGCACCGAGGCGGAAGCUGAAUACCUUGUCAAGGACUUUGAUCUUCCAAGGACUCGUAUCUUCUGGUCCACGGAUGACAGCUUUUUGAAAGACAUCCUACAAGCAACAGGUGGAGAGGGAGUUGACAUUGCUCUGAACUCACUGUCUGGCGACCUCUUACACGCAACCUGGAAGUCUGUGGCCGAAUUCGGUAAGAUGAUUGAACUCGGCACAACAGAUCUUGCCGGUGCUGGUAAGUUGGACCUGAACUCCUUCCUGGGGAGUAGAAGCUACACUAGCAUCAACCUGGAGGCUCUCGUAGCCAAGAAACGGUCCGUUGUUAAAGCACUGCUCCAAUCAACUGUGAACCUGUUGAGGUGGGGUAACAUUGUGCCACUGUCCCCUCGGACAGUGUACGAGGCCUCAAGAGUAGAGGAUGCUGUCAAGCACGUGCAAGAAAACAAGGACUCAAGCAACGUCCUCCUUCAGCUCAGAGAUGUCGAUAGCAAGCUCAAGAUCAGCACAGAUUCCAUCAAAGUUGCCGAUGACAGAUUCACGGUCGACAAGAGCGCAUCUUACCUACUCGCCGGAGGCUUGGGUGGUAUCGGAGCCGUCAUCGCUCGGCAUCUUGUCGAGAACGGCGCACGCCGCCUUGUGUGUCUUUCGCGAAACCCUGGAUCACGCCCUGAAGACCUGGAAACCAUCAGGGAGUUUGAAAGCAUGGGCUGUGAAGUGGUGCUUGUCAAAGGCGACAUGGUGAACCGAGACGACAUCUUCCGCGCAGUCGCGCAGGCGCCCAACCUGAAGGGUAUCCUGCAUUCGCCCAUGCUUCUUCAAGAUGAGGCGUUCAGGAACAUGAAGGUGGAACAGUGGAUCAAGGCCACGGGCCCCAAGGUGAAGGGAGCUUGGUAUCUGCACGAAGCUACAGUGGAAGCUGGUAUCAAGCUCGACUUCUUCGUAUUCCUGUCCUCCAUGUCGAGCGUUACAGGACAGCCUGGUCAGGCGAAUUACGCCGGCGCGAACACUUUCUUGGACGCCUUCGCGCUAUGGCGCAACAGCAAUGGGCUAGCGGCGUCCGCCAUCGACAUUGGUGCCGUUGCCGACAUGGGAUACGCUGCUCGUGACCAGCAAUUGCUGACAAGGCUCAUGAAUAAUGGCUACUCUGGUGUGACGGAGUCGGAGAUGAUUGAGGCAUUCCGUGCGGCAGCAUCCUACACCGUGCCCGAGCUGAACAUUGAUACCAAGAGGGUUCCGUUCAGUCACAAGAACACUUUUGCCACUGGGUUUAGCUCGGACAAGUCACUUAAACACCCUGAAAGUCGUACGCACUGGAAGAAAGACAUUCGGAUGGCCAUCUGGCAUAACAUCAACGACGGGGACGUCGGUAAUUCGGGCGAGGGCGGCGAUAGCUUCAAGGCUUUCCUCGCCGCGGCCAAGAGCGAUCCUGAAAUACUCGGCAAGCCUGAGACACCCGCCUAUAUUGCGCUUGAGGUUGGAAAGCAAUUGAUGAAAUUGCUUCUGAGACCCGACGACGAGCUUGAUAUCACCCUCCCUGUCCAACAACUUGGUCUGGACUCGCUGAUCGGUAUCGAGUUGCGAAAUUGGUGGAGACUGACUUUCGGGUUUGACAUUAGUGUGCUUCAACUUCUAGGUUUCGGUACCCUGGAGGAGCUUGGCAAACAGGCUGUUAAAGGAUUGACAAAGACUGAUAACUGA